AUGUCUCCCACACCGAAAGGACCAUGGUUACAAACAUCGGCAGACUUCUUUGGCCCGUUUCUCACAGGUGAAACGGUUCUGGUCGUUUUAGAUGCAUAUUGGAAGUACCCUGAGGUAGCAAUCGUUUCCGUCGUUGCUGCAAAGGACACCAUCCCAGCAUCAGAGCGUAUCUUUGCCACUCAUGGGAUACCGGAAGUCCUGAAAACCAACAAUGGGUCCCCUUUCCAAGGCCACGCAUUUCAGUCAUUCGCGAAAGAUAAAGGUUUCACACAUCGAAAAAUCACACCCUUGUGGCCGGAGGCUAAUGGUCGUGUAGAAGGUUCAUGUAAAACCUUGGCAAGGUCGCAAGAACUGCCCACCGUCAAGGAAAAGAUUGGAGGAGAGAGCUAUAUGUCUUUUUAG